CAUGACCUACGUAGAGAAUCAUCGUUCUGUUACAACCUCGAAAGUUCCUCUCCGUUCUCUCCCAUAAAACCAAACCCUAGCUCGAAUUCAGAGCCACCAAACUCACCUUAACAAUGGCUCAUCAUGGCGGCUCCGACCCAGAAUCCGAACCGAACACCCGACUUUACAAUCCAUACCAAGACCUUAACCUCCAGGUUCCCAUCAACAACCUUUACAAGCUCCCUACCUCCCCGGAGUUCCUCUUCGCUGAGGAAUCCCUCCACCAGCGCCGUUCCUGGGGCGAAAACCUAACGUUUUAUACCGGUUCCGCUUAUUUAGGCGGCUCUGUAUCGGGCGCAGCCGUCGGGUUCUUCUCCGCUCUCAGGAAUUUCGAGCAAGGCGAUACUUUGAAACUCAAAAUUAAUCGGAUCUUGAAUAGUUCGGGUCACACGGGUCGAUCAUGGGGGAACAGGAUCGGUGUGGUGGGCUUGAUUUAUGCGGGGAUGGAGAGCGGGGUCGUGGCUGUAACUGACCGUGAUGAUGUCUGGAGUAGCGUGGCGGCGGGUCUUGCGACCGGAGCUCUUUGUCGGGCCGCGAGAGGGGUAAGGUCUGCUGCAGUUGCUGGUGCGCUUGGUGGGUUGGCAGCUGGAACCGUGGUUGCUGGGAAGCAAGUCUUGAAGAGAUACGUGCCAAUUUAAAGCUGGAAUUUUCAGUGAGUUGAUAUUUCGUUGAAUCGAAAAUUUUGAUGGUGCUAGGUCGAAUCUUUGGGGGAAAAAUUGAUAAUAGGUUUCUAAGAAAUUUAAUUCAUGUAAUAUGUGAAGGUAAUGUGAUGAAUAAUCGUGUGCCUAACGAUUAAUGAUUUUCGAAGUUUCUUUGUUCUAUAUUAAUGAUCGGUAUUCGAUCAACCAUGCUUUUCUCUUUGUUUAUUAUCUACUUAAUUGUGAUAAAUGGUAAUUAGAAAUUUCUUUAUUGUUAGUUAA